UGCCGAGCUGAGGCUGGAAGGGAGGGAAGGAGCAGAACGGUUUUGGGCGGCGGUGGGGCAGGUGCGGGGUUGGGGAGGCUCCGAUGAAUUAAGGGCCUGAGACCGGGGCGCGAGGGGGAAGGGCCGCCUCAUGCCAGGGCCGCGUGGCCCCAGCCCUCGGCCCGCCCUGGUGCUCCUGGGGCUGCUGCUCCUACCGCUCUGCCUUCCAUUAAGGGAGCCAGAGGAGGCGGAGGGGAGCCUAGGGCUUGUUGGCGCUGCCGCCCUCCCGGUGCUGGCCGACGUGACCGUGGAGGACGAUGAGACCAGCGGGGUGGCGGAGGAAGGAGGAGGAGGAGGCGGGGAAGCUCCGGCCCGGAGCACCAGCAGCUGCAGAUCAUUGGUAAUUAUAAGUACUUUGGAUGGACGGAUUGCUGCUCUAGACCCAGAAAACGGUGGUAGAAAACAAUGGGACCUAGACGUGGGGUCCGGUUCUCUUGUCUCAUCUAGUCUCAGUAAACCAGAGGUCUUUGGGAAUAAAAUGAUAAUACCUUCCUUGGAUGGAGACCUUUUCCAGUGGGAUCGUGAUAGAGGAAGCAUGGAAGCUGUUCCUUUCACUGUUGAAUCUCUUCUUGAAUCAUCCUAUAGAUUUGGUGAUGACGUUGUUCUGGUUGGUGGGAAGUCCUUGACAACAUAUGGGCUGAGUUCAUAUUCAGGAAAGGUGAAGUACAUUUGCUCAGCGAUGGGCUGUCGUCGCUGGGAUGAUGACGAGAUAGAACAGGAAGAUAUUCUUCUUCUUCACCGAACCCAGAAAACAGUUCGUGCUGUUGGGCCCCGCAGCGGCAAUGAAAAGUGGAAUUUUAGUGUUGGUCACUUUGAGCUGCGCUAUGUUCCAGACGCAGAAACAGGAGUGGGAUUUAUUGAAGGCAAUUUAAAAUCAAAUCUAAACAAAGAUGAUUCUAAAAUUAUUUCGGACGUGGAAGAACAGGAGGCUGUAAUGGAGGAUACAGUGAUAAAGGUCUCAGUAGCGGACUGGAAGGUUAUGGCAUUUAAUAAGCAGGGAGGACAUCUGGAAUGGGAAUAUCAGUUUUGUGCCCCAGUUGCUUCUGCAUGGCUUGUUAAAGAUGGCAAAGUAAUUCCAAUCAGUCUCUUUGAUGAUACAAGCUACACCUCUGGUAGUGAUAACGUAGAAGAUGAAGAUCUUAUGGAAGCUGCAAGAGGAGCUACUGAGUCCAGUGUCUAUUUAGGUAUGUAUGGAGGUCAACUGUACCUUCAGUCAUCAGUCAGAAUUUCUGACAAGUUCCCAACCAAUCCUAAGGCUUUGGAGUCCAGGAAUGAUAAGGCAGUCAUUCCUUUGCCCAUAAUCAAGUGGAAACCCUUGAUUCACUCUCCAUCUAGAACUCCUGUGCUUGUGGGAUCUGAUGAGUUUGACAAAUGCCUCAGCAAUGACAAGUUUUCUCAUGAAGAGUACAGUAAUGGUGCCCUUUCAGUCCUGCAGUAUCCAUAUGAUAAUGGCUAUUUCUUGCCCUACUACUCAAGAGAGAGGAAUAAGCGAAGCACUCAGAUCACAGUCAGGUUUUCUGAGAGCAUGAACUACAAGAAUAUCCGUAAAAAAGAUCCCAUUCUGCUUCUGCAUUGGUGGAAAGAAAUUGUUUGCACCAUCUUAUUCUGCAUUGUGGCAACUACCGUCAUUGUGCGUAGGCUUUUCCAUCCCCAUUCUCGCAACCGACAGCGAAAGGAGUCUGAAACCCAAUGUCAGACAGACACGAAAUAUGAAGUUGCUGCAGGACAGGCUAAAGAUAACACCUGGGCUGACUUUAACAACUCUGGCUAUGUAUCAAGAUAUCUAACAGAUUUUGAACCAAUUCAGUGUUUGGGUCGUGGGGGAUUUGGAGUAGUUUUUGAAGCCAGAAACAAAGUAGAUGAUUGUAACUAUGCUAUUAAAAGAAUCCGUCUACCAAAUAGGGAACAGGCUCGUGAGAAGGUGAUGCGUGAAGUUAAAGCCUUAGCAAAGCUUGAACAUCCUUGUAUUGUUCGUUAUUUCAAUGCUUGGCUAGAAGCACCACCUGAGAGCUGGCAAGAAAAAAUGGACAAACUGUGGCUAAAAGAUGAAAGUAUUGAUUGGCCACUCAGUUCUCCCAGUCCAAUGGAAGUGCCAACAUUUAAAAUUAGAACUGAGCCAUUUUCUGCAAAGGAGCAGAUUGAAGUUAUUGCUACACCUAUAGAAAGGAAGACCUUACUCUCUGUUGGGAUACCUUGUGGCCAAUCAGAUUCAUCAGAGAGCCAAUUUUCCCCCCUGGAGUUCUCUUCUGUUGAUAACAGAGACUUGAGCCAGAUGGCAGAUCCUUUGUCAAACAUGAAAGACAGCCUCCUCACUGACUGUGAUAUAGAGCAUAGUACAGUUGAUGAAAAUGAUCCUGGACAUUCCUUUGAACUUUGUCUUCCAGCUGCACCAAAAGUAAGGGUGAGGGAAAGGACCUCUUCAUCUAUUGUUUUUGAAGACUCUGGUUGUGACAAUGCUUCUAGUAAAAAGGAAAACACUGGUGAUUUACUUGAGGAUAGCCACUCUGGAGAUAAAGAACCAAGCACAAAAGGAUGUAGUAAUAGGAUGUCGUCAUCAGCAAGUCCUUUGUCUGUUUCUCCACCAAGACCAACAACAUUAAGUUUGGACCUCUCUAAGAAUUCUGUACGAAAACCCAUGCCUACUACACCAAAAGUGUACCUUUACAUCCAGAUGCAACUCUGUAGGAAGGAAAACCUCAAAGACUGGAUGAGCACAAGAUGUACUAUAGAGGAAAGGGAACGGACAGAGUGCCUGUUGAUAUUCUUACAGAUAGCAGAAGCUGUUCAGUUCUUGCAUAGCAAAGGAUUAAUGCAUCGAGACCUCAAGCCUUCCAACAUAUUUUUCACAAUGGAUGAUAUAGUAAAAGUUGGGGAUUUCGGGCUAGUGACUGCAAUGGACCAAGAUGAGGAGGAACAGUCUGUUCUAACACCAAUGCCAACAUAUGAUAGGCACACUGGACAAGUUGGGACCAAGCUUUACAUGAGUCCAGAACAGGUCUAUGGAAAUGCUUAUUCACACAAAGUGGAUAUCUUCUCUUUGGGUCUGAUUCUGUUUGAACUCCUUUACCCUUUCAGCACUCAAAUGGAGAGAGUCAGGACAUUGAGUGAAGUAAGGCACUUGACUUUUCCUACCCUAUUUAUUCAGAAGUAUCCACAAGAGUAUGCAAUGGUAAAGCACAUGCUCUCUCCAAGUCCUACGGAAAGACCGGAAGCUGCAGACAUUAUAGAAAACCCUGUAUUUGAAGACUUGGAAUUCCCAGCAAAACCUGUGCUGAGACAGAGAUCACGGACAAUGAGUACCUCUGGAAUGAAGCAUUCAAGAUAGUUGACUAAAUAAUCUGGAAUAAGUACGACGAAUCAACCUUAUUGUGGUCAGUUCAGCAGGAGGAUUCAGUGUCAAGCAGUAUCCCUGGAACAUUCCCAUUCUCAGCUUUAUUUUCUCAUGUCAUAUUUAUGUCAGCUAUCUUUGGAUGGAGCUAAGAAUUUGUUUAAUAUUUUCAGUUCUCUUGAAGCAAAUGACUUUCACUUCAUAUGAUGGCGUAUUUUAGUCCUGAUACGCUCUUUAGUGUGUCGACUUUGUAAAUAUUGUCUAGGAAAUUGAGAAGGAUAACUAUUAUGUAAAUAGAAUUAAAUUCUGUAUUUUUAUAGAACCAGUUGGUCUCUAACCCUGACAUAUAGUCUUGAUUACAUUAAGACAUGAUGAUGAUCUUAAAGUAAACUAAAAUAUAAAAGCCUCUAUUUUGUCCCUGGAGGAUGACAUGCACAAUGAAAAUGGGUCUACUGUGAUUAGCCAGUUGUAGAGCAAUUGUGAUUUGUUUCUAUUCAGUAGAGAUUGUUAAAAGUUUUUUAGAUGAUGAUGGAAAAAGAUUUGGCAGGCUUGAAACGCCACAGUAACAAAUGAUGCAUUUAUUCAAAUUUUUGUAAUUCCUAGAACAUAGUGUCCAAUGUUAACUAGCAAGCUUGUAAUAAUCAGGUCUUAACAUAUUUCUUAAAUAAGAUGAUCUUGCUUGAUAACAUCUUUUCAUUGUAAAUAUGUUAAUUUUUAUUUAUAAAAUGGCAAAUCAAUCCUUUUGGGUUGGUGGUGUACAGUAUGCACUUGGAACAAUUGUUAGGUGCAUUUAAUUACUGCGACUUCUUUCAAGUCUGAUUUAAUAAAAUCUUUUUUAUUUAAA